AUGAGACGUUCUGUGGGUUGUGGGGUCCGCGUCCCGCUUGUAUGUGCAUGUCUUUUGACGCUCACCUUUGCGGUGACGCAGGUACACGCCCUAACGAUAGGCUGCGAGAGGGUGUGGACAGGGCCCAGCGCCCAGAACGAUGUGGCGACAUGUCUCUCCAAUAGACAACGCAUAGGAGACUACUGGAAGUAUUACGUUUACCCCGGCUUUGCGGCACUUUUCUUUGUGCUUUUGCUCAUUGUUUUUCCAAUUUGCUACUUCGUCUGUAUCUGCAAUGGGGCAUGCUGCCGAACUUGCUGCUUUCCCACGAGCGCGGCACAGCAUUAUAAUGGUCCUUGUUGCUUGUACAUUUCCGCCUUUGUUGCCAUCCUUUGGGGCGCCGGAGCCACGGUGGCCAUUAUCAUGGGUGCCCAUACCAUGCACUCCGGCACAAGGACUGCCAUCGACAACUUCAGGCACAAAUCUGCGCUUUACUAUAAUGAUACGGCGAACCAGGUUGUCCAGUAUUUGGUGGUGGAUGGCGUCAUUGCGCCCUCCAUUUCUGACAACAUCCACGUCGUUUUUGACGUCUACAACCGACUGAUCACCGACCUUGACGACUUUGAUAGAAAAUACCUGAAGUACUUGGAUGACGCCGCCAUUGUCUCGUACUGCCUUGGUUGGAUGCCGUUUGUUUUGUUGCUCUUUACCAUGAUCUUUGGCUUGUGUCGCAUCGCACGCUGCGUCCCGGCGUGUUUUUCAUGCAUUUAUUAUAUUGUGGGACUCGUCUUUGCGCUGUUGGCUGUCGUCUUUCUCGUCGCGGCGUAUUUUAGCAGUGCGUUUACCGGUGAGGUGGAUCGGCAGGUGGCGCGGGAGCCCGGCAUCCUGCAGUGGUACGCCGUGCCGUACUUUGCGACGCACUUCAAAGCCCAACUGGAGAGCCUUGACGAAAACAUUGCCGACGUCGUCGCGGCGUGCGUGGCGAGUGCCUGCGCUUCGAUCAACAGCUACUGCGAUGACCAGCCAGCCUUUUCCACGACGAAGCCCUUCUUUUGCUCUGCCGCCGUAACCUGCACCACGUUUAAGGAGUUGGUGCAGGCGGUGUCGACGGUGCUGGUGAAGCAGCCCGGGUUCUGCACGCCAUACCCGGACGAUUCCCCAGACGACACCACCUGCACCAUCGCCUUCUGUGCGACGAAUUGCCUUGGCGGGGCGGAGGGGUCGGACAUUGCCGCGGCCCGCAGUGCCAGCGUUGAGGUUAUGCAAAAUGUGCAAACCUCCAAGAAUGCGACAAUUGCGAGGAAUUUGGUGACCCCAAUGCAGGACCCUGACAUGAUCGCCGACACGUUGUUGUGGUCGACGGAAACUUUUCCAGAAAUUCGCGAGGGAUUCUGGAUGGCUGGAACGGGGUACUUCCUCUCCAUCUUUGUAUUCGCGCUUGGCAUCUACACGAUGCUGCGCGGCAGAGUUGUCUGGGGCGAGUACGUGGAAAGACGCAAAGAACUCUGA